UAUGGCUGCGCCCAUGAAAGGGUCAGCCAGCAUUUUUUCAUAUGUUUUUCUUUAGAUUAUCUCCUAAUUCUGCAGUCUGAACUAUUGUCAUUGUUCAAUUAACGUGUCCAGUUAUUAAAGAAGUGUCAAAGCUCUGAAUAUGGAUGAAAGGCCUGUUUACCUUGGCAGAGGGAGAGGAAGAGCGUCAACAUUUGCUGGUGCUGCCAAAGAUGCCGGCCCACAAAGCUUUGCCCAUGGUCGGGGGAGAGGAAACAGUCAUAAUACUUUUAGUGGCACAAGUGCACCGAAAGAAGAGACAAGAAGCGCCGAAGAAAGAUUUAGUGAUGCCAGUGCAAAGAUAAAAGCAUCAGUCAAUAAACACCUGAAUAAUUUGAACGAGGAUUCCAGUUCAUCAGACGAAGAUGACGAUGGUGAAUACGAGCAUCAUGGUGCUAAGAUAUUGGAUUCGAUGGUGAAGUCAUUUCCUGGAGGGCAAGGUGAUGGUGAUGCUAGUAUCCUUGGUAACACAUAUGAUGUCCUCCUCAACUAUUUCAAGUCUGGUUCCAAUGUCUGCCUCAUCUGCAUUGAGAGUAUCAAGAAAACAGAGGCUGUUUGGAGCUGUACCUGUUGUUAUUGCAUCUUCCAUAUCCAGUGUAUACAGAAGUGGGUGAAAGAUGGCGUCUACCAGCAGACGGCAUUGUCAGAAGAAAAUUUCCCAAAUCGAGAUCUGCCUUGGUUUUGCCCCAAAUGCCGCAACCAAUAUGAGCAGAGUGAGUGUCCCACCAAGUACAUGUGCUUCUGUGGCAAGUUGUGCGAACCUAAGUUCGAUCCUUGGUUACCACCUCAUUCUUGUGGAGAGACAUGUGGAAAAGCUCUCAAACCUUCAUGUGGACAUUCUUGUGUUCUCCCAUGUCAUCCAGGUCCCUGCCCUCCCUGUCCCAAGACUGUAAAUGUGAGCUGCCAUUGUGGACAACAUUCCCCUCUGGCCCGGAGGUGCGGGGCCAAGGCAUGGUCCUGUGGCAAGCCGUGCAGUCGACUUCUGGCUUGCGGACACCAUGAAUGCACGGUGCCGUGUCACGAGUGGGAGUGCCCACCGUGCCUGAAGACGAGUGACCAGAAAUGUCUUUGUGGGAAGAAUGAAACAAGUCGUGAAUGUUCUAGUCCGGAUUGGCAAUGUGAAGAGGUCUGCACUAAAGUUCUCUCUUGUGGCAACCAUACCUGUGAAGAGGUUUGCCAUGCUGGGAAGUGUGGUCCCUGUCCGAGAUCAGUUGACAGGAAAUGCCCUUGCGGAAAGUCAAGUAGUCAACUGCCCUGCACAGAAGAUGUUCCAACAUGUGGCGAUACGUGUGAAAAACCAUUAGAAUGUGGACUUCAUUUGUGUGCCCAGCGAUGUCACUAUGGACCUUGUGGCACAUGUCGUGAAAUGAUGAUAAAACGAUGUCGGUGUGGUGCCCGUCAGAAGGAGGUCCAGUGCUACAAGGACUAUCAGUGUGAGACUCGCUGUAACAAGAUGAAGGACUGUGGACGACACCAGUGUAAGAAAAAGUGUUGUGAUGGGAAGUGUCCACCAUGUGAUCAGCAAUGUGGCAGGCACCUCGGAUGUAAAAACCAUAAAUGUAAAAGCAGGUGCCACACAGGGCGUUGUUACCCUUGCCCCCUGACAGUUCAGGUCAAGUGCUUCUGUGGCCACACAGUCGUAAAAAUUCCUUGUGGUAGAGAAAAAACAACACCACCGCCUCGCUGCCGGGGAAAGUGCAAGAUACCGCCAACCUGCCACCAUCCUAGUCGAGAACCCCAUCGCUGCCAUUUUGGGAAUUGUCCGCCAUGUCGGCAGACAUGUGAUAAGGAUCUGCCCGAAUGUGAUCAUAAAUGUCCCAGUUCUUGUCACUCAGGAAUCUUAGCUAAAGUGCAGGACAAGGUUGUAAGAUCUGGGCCAUGGGAGAAGCUGCCACCAAUGCGGGUUGAGUCAAUUGAUAAACCUUGCCCCCCUUGCCAGGUUCCAAUACAAGCUCAGUGUUUAGGGAAACAUGAGACUUGCUAUUUGCCCUGCUCGGAGGUGAAGCCGUUUUCUUGUACCGGGCCAUGUGGCCGUAAGCUGCCCUGCGGUAAUCAUUCAUGUCGCUUGGAAUGCCAUGAGGUGGUUGGAGCAAAAGAUUCCAUGACGAGCGGAAAGAAUUGUGCUUUGUGUGAAGAACCAUGUUCGAAGCCCCGAGCACCGGGUUGCGGACACGGGUGUCUACUUCCUUGUCAUCCUGAGGACUGCCCAUCAUGUUGUCAGAUGAUCCGCAUGCGAUGUCACUGUCAGAUUGUUGUCCGCCAUAUCGAAUGCUACAAAUGGAUCGAAUCGGACGAGAGCAUGCGAGACGACCUAAAAGCGUGUGGUGGGCCAUGUCCAAAAACACUGGCAUGUGGCCAUCACUGCACUCUGACCUGCCAUCCGGGUGACUGUGCUUCCAGUGAGAAAUGUCGGGAAAAUACACCGUUGCGCUGCCAGUGUCGGCGGAGGAAGAAGAACUUCCCAUGCUGUGAGGUACGGAGUGGGAAGACGAAACUCCCAUGUGACGAGGCAUGUGAGAAGCAAAAGGAAAGCAAGAAAAAGGCUGCUGAAGAAGCUGAGCAGGCUAAGAAAGAUGAAGAGUUGAGAAAGCAGCAGAAAGAACUUGAAGACUUUGAACGAAAGAUGAAAGGACGGGGGCGUCAUCGCCCAAGGAAGCAGAGGGAAGUCGUGGAAGAAGCUGGCUUCUGCAAGAAAUAUUGGAAAUACUUCCUGGCGGCCAUUAUUGUUUUGGCUCUAUCUGUUGGCGUUACUCUUAUUGCACAGUCGUAAAUGACUGUAAACUGGAAAAUUUCCACGGCAAGAAUUGAGGAGCUUCAUCGCAAAAUAUAUCUGUUUUUGCAAAGGCAACUGUUUGCUAUAUAUGUAUUCAGGAGCAUAUUAAGCGCAAAAAUUAUGUUUACGUUCCAAAUAUUGGAACUUUUUCUUACACUUAUUGUCAAACAAAAUGAUGUCACUACAUUACCAUUACCCUUAGGAUGUGAUACAUAACUGUGGCGUAUUUCUUGUGUACUAUCUUGUGGUUUGUAUGUCAUUUGAUCAAAGUGUCAUAAGUACUUAUGAUAUUGAGAACAAGAGUAAAGGUCCUGAAGUCCUGAUUCGGCUACAGCAGUGAAUAGUAUGGGAAGUAGCCAGCUUUCACAAGCAUUGCAUUAAUUUAUUUGAAAGUAGUUGCUUGAGCAAUCAAAUGACCACAAAUUCAGUGAAAGCAGCAAAACGGUGAUGGUAAACCGGUGCAAGUGGAGUUGGGCUUUUAGUGCUGUGCUAGUCCUUGAUGGUUAAGGUGUUAAGUUGUAAAAAAUCUGUUGUGAAGAUUUCGCAGGAGGGAAUAAAACUGUUUUGUGAUUCAA